GGCGGCGCCAGUUCACGCAGGGUUCAGAGGGCAGCGUCGACGGAGAGGGCAGCCCAGCUCACGAUGUCUCCAUAUGGUGCCGUCUCGUCCGGUUAGAUCUCGUGCAACAGACGGAGCAGAGGCGGCGGAGCCAUGACCGUGAAGCGAGGUCGCGACAUCGACUGGGCCCGUUUCGGCCUGCGCAGCGAUGGCGCCGACGGGGGAGCCUCCGACGAACCGACAGGACACGGCGGCCGAGCCUCCGGUAACCCCGGCGGCGACGAGCUUUUCCACCAAGACCUCAGUGCCAAGGCAAAGCCCUGGUGGUCGGCCAACUUUUUCGUCUCGGAGCCCGUGCUGUUCGGCACUUGGGACGGCGUCUUCACCACGUGCAUGAUCCACCUGUUCGGCGUUAUCGUCUUUCUGCGCUCCGGGUGGAUAGUGGGCAACGCGGGCGUGGAUCAUGCUCUGCUCAUGGUGCUGGCCACGGUGGUCGUGUGCAGCCUGGCAGUGUUGGCCGGCAUCGGCAUCUGCGAGCGCUGUCAUCUCGAGUCCGGCGGCCUGCACGUGCUCCUCUCGCACAUCCUGGGCGUGCGCGUGGGCGGCGCCGCUGCACUCAUCUACUGCUUCGGCCAGGCGGUGAGCAGUGCGCUGCACGUGAUGGGUUUCGCCGAGUCCAUGGGCCAGCUGCUCAAGAUGGAGGAAGACCCGUGGCUCCAGCGGGGUAUCGCUUCGGCACUUGUUCUCCUGCUGCUCGGGAUCAACGUGGCCGGCGUCAAGUGGGUCGUCCGCCUCCAGUUCGCCCUUCUCAUCAUCUUGCUCAUGGCCGCGCUAGACUUCGCCGUGGGAACGUUCGUCCGCUACGACUCUGAGCACGGCGUGACUGGCUACGACCUGGCGACGCUGAAGAACAACAGCUUGCCUCGGUACGGCGAGGGCCAGAACUGGUUCACCGUGUUCGGCGUCUUCUUCCCGGCCAUGACGGGCGUCUUCGCGGGCAUCAACAUGAGCGACGAUCUCAGGAACCCUGUGCAGGACGUGCCCGUGGGCACGAUGGCCGCCAUCGGAACUUGUUUGUUCCUGUAUCUGGUAUUUGUCCUCGGUUUGGGAAGCACGUGCCAGCGCUGGGCUCUCACCACGGACUACCUCAUCGCCGAAAAGGCGUCCGCUAUCGGCGUCAUGGUUCUUUCCGGCCUGUACAUCUCUUCCAUGUCAGCUUGCCUGGGGGCUCUGUACCUUACGCCUCGCAUUCUGCAGAACAUGGCAAAUGACGGAAUCCUACCCUUCAGCAAGCAGCUAAGCAUCGGAAAGGGGCCCAACAAAGUUCCUGUGGUGGCGCUGGUGCUGUUCGCACUGGUCACGUUCCUUUUCAUCUUGGCGGGCCAAGUGAACACCCUGGCGCCACUGGUCACCAUCCCGUUCCUGUUGACGUACGCGUGCGUCGAGUACGCCUACUUCUCCAUGGCGAUGACGUACGACAUCCAACGCCGGCGCAACGAGCGCUUCUGCCACCAGGCGGCCAUCAUACGGGCGCAGGCUACGGACAAAACCAGCUACGGGGCACUUGGAGACGCCAAGGUUCCCACGAGUGACUUGGACCAGCUGUUUCCAGAACGUGUUCACGACAAGACUGUCAUACCACGCGACCACAGCAGCGUAAGCACGACAGAAUCUCCGGUGACGUCACCAGACGAGCACAGCUCUAUAAGGAGUGCAGAGAGUAGAGAUUCAAACGUCAACCAAACAAGGGACCAACCGGCAUCCGACAUUACUGACAAUACUCACCUCCUCGCUAAAGGACGGGGACCAUGGCCAGAGAUAUCGAAGAAGUCAAAUACGUGGUAUUCGAAACUGUUCAAUCGCUGGAUCGCUGUGCUUGGGAUCUUCGUAAAAUUGACGAUCAUGUUCCUUGUGCAAUGGGGUUAUGCACUGGCAUCCAUCUUUUUACUGAUCUUCCUCUGGCUUUGCAUUGGAAGGAUCAAGCCAGGGGCUUUUCCAGGAGUCACAGAGUUCAAACUGUUCCCAUGGCUACGAAAUUUAUUCCUGCGUUGCAUAGGGAAGAAACCCACAGACUAUGAACAAAUAGUGGUGGCCCCCGCGUGCCCCGGAGUCUCAACGAUGGAGUCUCAGCUGAACGACGAAAAUGUAGAUUACGCGUCGCGACACCGAUACCAUCAUUCUACCACCCUCCAAACAUCAUCACAUUUUCAGCAACAUUCCGACGACAGCGAAUGAGCCGUGAGCAUCCCAGGUGCUGCAUAGUGCCUGAAGUGGCUGUUUUGAAGGGCUUGUUCAUGUUGAAACCAUUUUGCCAAUCCUCCUUAAUGGGCAAGAUCACAAUUAAUUGAAGUGUGGUUUUCGUUGAUUCUCCAAGGUUACAAAUGUUCAAGCUCAAUUAUGAAGGCAUUUCAUGUGUGAUAACCGCAAGAGGGUCCACAAGUGAAACCAAAUGGCUGAAAUGCUGUUGGUAGCAUGCUCCAACUACAACUGAAAGAGGAGCCAACAUUUCACAAUACCAUCUAACUUCGAGCUUCGAUAGGCAUUGCUGUCCACUUGCCCUAGAAUGACUGGCAAUCAAAAUAGCAAACUAUCCACAACAAUUGCGAUCAGAGUUUUAUGCCUUGCCUUUUGAAAUCUACUGACUGUAUCAGUGCACAUUGUUAUUAUUAAAUCUACUACAUGCCACUGUAUACAAGUGGCGUACCAUUAAAAGACAAAGCAAAGACCGAGUUAGGUAAGUGUCUUGUGCACUUAAUGCACUUGUGCUCCAUGCUCUGCCUUUAAAGCACAAAAUUCGCCACCAUGACAGCUUACAUUUCAGCCAUGUUUCAGCUAGUUGGAGAAAUGCCAGAAGAGUUUUGCACGUCCUUCCAUAGGCCUACUUGUAGAAUGUCCUAGUGAUUUGUUAACCUGUUGGGUGCUUCUUUACUGCUGCAUGACCAACCAAGACAGCACAAGGUAAUCUGUGCAUUCAUACCACUGUGAAACACCUUCUUACCUCUUUACCAAAACAAAAGCAAAGCUUUUCCAGGGAUAUUUGUGAUAUACAAACUCAUCACUUGUUCCAAAGCAAUGUAACCUAUUUUCCUAACUAUUUGCGAAAUGCAAGCUUAACUGCUGUGCUAUGACGUGCGUGAUGCGCACUGCUUCGUGACAUGCACCCAAAUGGGACAAUCGAGACUAAAGCUACUUUUAAUGUGCUCCCCUCGCACCGUGUUUAUUCAAAUUUCUCAACCGUACAUAGAUACAAAACAGACUUAAUGCGCCAACAAAGAACAAGCAACAAUUUGUUUUUGUGCAUGUAAUGCCUGCAGCUAAAAAGAAAAAUAUACAACAUUCAAAGUGGCAUUCAAGGCAGCAUUUUGGUAAUGCAGACAGUACUUCUACCCGUGUACAAUGCACCUCAGGGCCCACAACGUGUCAAAGUGUGUGUGCGUUUGAUGUAUGUUACUGAAAUGGGACAGUCCACUCCUAAUGUGCAAAUGACAAUGGCUUUGUGUGAGAAAACAACAAAAAGGUGAUAUGUUGAAUAAAUUAUGUUUACGUUGUCA